ACAGAGGGUAGCGGAUACACUGAAGCCAGUAAAAUAGCAUCACUUCAAAAAGGGGGACCUGGUACAUCUGCAUGUCUUUCCUCCCUCUGUCUCACUCGACUGAGCAGAGCUGAUCAAAGCAGAGAUCCAGAUGAGGCAAAACAGGCAUGCGGAGGACACGACAGCCUGCCAGCAUCAGCAGCAGCAGAGAGGCAGGCUGCCCAAUCAUCAGCUGACAUGCUCAGGAGUUCGGCAGCCAAUGAAAUGCCAGCAGGCGCCCUCCCCAUCACAACCACUCAGACGCAGAGAGAGCACAAGCCCAGCUCAGAUUUCUUAUUAAUGAAUGGAGCUGUUCCAAGGCUGCAUCCCUGCACAUCUCUGCACUCUCUGCUCGGCGGCUCCUGACUCUGGUACGGGAAAGCGGGAAGGAAAACAUCAACACUGACAGUAAGGACAGCGGCAGCACGGUUAGACACUGGCUAUGAAUGGACGGCAAGGCAACACAGAAACCCAUGAUGAGGACACCACUGAGGAAAUGGCAGCAGCUAUUGAAAGCACGUACCCGCAUCCGGAUUUCCACCAGCCGGACUCCUCAUCUCCAUCACCACCUUCUUCCCCUCUUCCUCCAUUAGACAUGCCACCUUCAGCAUCUGCCUCUGCCCUCCUGGCACUGGCAUCUCCAGCAACCAGGCGCUCCAUUUCCAUGGGAGACUUCCGGAGGGUGACAGGGGCGCUCCUGGGUGGUUCAGAACCCCCGUCAACAUCUGCCACGGCCCCCUCCUCUAAACUUGUCACCCCCAGCUCCAGCAUGGAGUUCGAAGCAGCCCGGAGGCGCCUCCUGGAGGUGGAGGAGCGUCAGCGUGUCAUCAGGGAGAUGGAGCGACGGCUGGAAGAACUUCGGGAGGUGUUUGUGCGAUCGGAGCAGGAGGUGGUGGUUCACGGGGAGCUGGUGUCUCGGAUAUCUAGUACAGCCCAGCAGGGGGAGCUGUACGUGGCGGAGAACAGCCAGCGGCUGAAGAAAGGCCUCAAGUUCAAGAAGCAUCGACCCACCAUCGUUUUUUCCUCCAUGCUUGGACUUCGCACGUGCCUCCCGUGGCCCGUGAAGCUCAAAUAGGACAACAGAGGCUUGCAUUCCAUCCAUCCUUUAACAUGUGCUUUACAUAACUGGAAGGACAGACUUCCGUUCUAUGGUUACCACAUACUGAUAUGGCUGCUCUCCAGUUUCCACCGUUCUGCUCUUGUAUCCUGAGGCUGGUCCUCAAGGGCUUUUAGAGUGCCUACAAUAAUCACUGAUGCUAACAAAGGAGCUUCCUGUUCAGUGUGUUCUGAGGAAAUUAUCUGGUUAGAAAACCAGUGAAGGUUGUACUAGUGCAAUGUGUACAGAAUGUCAGUGUGAUUUCAUUGUUCUCACAGAUACUAUGCUGCAUGCAGUUUGGUGUGGUCGGAGAGAUUCAGAUAGCAUCCAUGGUGCAUGGAUGAGUCAUUUUCAGGUGAUGUGGGAAGAGAGGUUCAGACUGGCCUGUGACACCUUGAGAGCUCUGCUGUGCUUAACUUAUGCAGCAAUGUACAAAGAGCCAAGGAGGAUUAUGUAAUGUUACUUUUGAGUGAGUGGGUGUACGUUAAAUGAAAGCAUUGCCACUUCAUCGCAUUUAAAGAGGAAUGGUCGACAAACGAAAUUAGAUGUCACGCUAAAUAUUACUGCACUGUUAUGUAAAACCAAGGAUACAGCAGUAGGGAAGAGUGUGACAGAAAGAAAAUGCACAAACUAUGAAAUGUAGCAGGCUGCCACACAGAAAGGAAACGUGCCUUGGCUUGUCUGACACCACGCAUACACUAACACAGCACCUGUUUUCAGCAGUGUGAACAAGUAAAAGCAAGGCAGCAGGAGAGAGAUUCAUCUGGGACAAUUCCACCUGUGGCCUCUUUUUGUCCAGUCACCUAGCAACCUUUCAUCCCUGUGUCCUAAAUCCUCUUCCACAAAUGUCCAGAAUGUAUCCAGUGGAGUGCUGUAAUUACAUCGCUGUGAGAUGGGCGAAGGAUUUUCCUGAAGGAUUUAGGAGCUACUGCAUUUAUUUAAAAAUCUAUUAGAGCUAGCUGCAAAUAUUACUGAUAGGAGCUUGUUAUGAAUGCUGCCCCAUUUAUUUGAUGACUAGGGGCUGAGCUUGAUUUAACUCAUGCAUGCAGGCUAGGUAAGCUAGGGUAGGCUGUCACUAUUCGCAGACUGUGUCUCGGUGUUGUGUGUGACAAUAGCAAGCUAUGUAAAGGUACAACAAGUAUAUAGUGUGCACAACAACACUGCUAUCACUCGACCUGAAUUGUGUUCAUUGAGUAUUUGUUCGUGUGAAAUAUGUGAAGAUAUUUUAAAUUUCUCCCCCACUCCAUGCAUAGAAAGAUCUUUUCCCAUAUGCAGACGAUGACCUAAUUUUUUAAGUACAUUUCACUUUCAUUGUCUCGGCCUAGUUCUCAGUUCCGUCUCAGCCAGUUCUCUUCUCUUCUCUUCUCUUCUCUUAGGAUUAAGCAAUGACCAUGUAUUCACGUAUGUGUUUCACAAAUCCUUUUGCCUCACUGCUGUAUUUGUGUGCGUAGAAUGCACAGCCACUACCCAGGGGGAUAUCUAUUUUUGGCAGUUGUAGUUUAGGCCAGAAAGGCAAAGAUUCAAUCUCAGCAAUCGCAGCAUUUGUUGCAAAAAUGCAUGCACGGAGACAGGCGUGCGUGUUGGUUUUCCAUCCAUGUGUGCUGCUUUCCAAGAGAAUGAAGGGGGAUUUUUGCACAUGCACAAUCCUCUGUGGUGCUUUGUUUGCUUUUUCUUAUAAUAAUUGAUCUCCCUGAAGAACAAAAGAGCAAGGCUGUUUACAAAAGACGCACAUGAUUUGAUUGUAUAAUUGCCUACUGUAGGUUUCCAUAAAAUCCUUGUGUGCACUUAGGCGAUCUGGUUGUUCCCUUGCUGCAAAGAUAGCACGCGAUAGAGAAAUAUUACUGCAUAAUUUGAGAUUAUAUAGAAGCACCUCUUUGUCUCUGUCAAGUCAAGAAUGGCAAAAGAUGAAUUGCUCUGAGGCCGAGCUGCCUGUAUCAGAGACCCUGCAGGCAAAGUGAGAAAAAAAAAUAUAAAGCGCAUGGGAAAACUAAAAGCAUGUGGUAAAAAAUGUAAUUGAUGCAAAUCUGUGAGAAUGAGGCCACAUAGUUGUUGGUUUUCUGUAAUUUUGACUUUAAGGGCUUAAAUGAUUUGUUUGUCCAUGGCCACUGGGAGCACAAUUAAAGGGGCACACAUAAUUUUGAAGUGAAUUCACGGAGUUCAGCUCAUGGAGAGUACCACUUAGCCUGUGAAAGCAGCUGAAUAAUGUCGUCUGUGACUCAGGAAGCACCAAGGCGGAGGCACAGAGGCUCGUAAAAUUUCAAAUGUUACAAAGUAAACCAUUUAAGAGAAUAUAGGGUCCAAUGAUACCUAUUCCAAACUUUAUGUAAGUACCCAUACAAGCAAAAAAGAAAAAACAAAGAAAAAUGUUGUAGGUUCAAUGUAAGCGUUGUGCAGCUCAUAGCCAUAAAGACCUUAGCAUCGAAUGUUGACCAACUCUGUAAAAGCAUUCCACAUAGCCGAGGUCACUACUGCUUGCCAUCUUGCACAUCAAUACCAAACCAUGUUCAGCUAAGAUAGUUGCUAAGCUUUUGCAGAAUAAAGGGGUCUCGUAGGCCUUAAAGAUGUAGUCAUGGUCCUAUGUAUAUAGCUUAAAGUUAUACCUGAAUAUACAGCUGGCCUAUAUAUUGCUUUUAAUAUGCCUUAUGCAGUAUUUGUGCAUUGGCAAUCAUGAACAACGACAGUGACGAUUUAGACGUUGAUAAACUGGUGACCCUCAUAGACCUCAUACAGAAACAUUUAUAUCUCAGCUGGAAAAGAACAAUCUAGUCAUGCACUGAUGUGGGACUGCACCUUUGUGUUUUCUGUUAAUAAAAAAAAAAUCCCAAAGAUCUCUGGGCCCACACGCAGAAUGAAUGUAAUGUUAAUUACAAUUUAUAUGUUUUUUUGUUGUUGUUGCAUUUUUUUCCCCUUAUUGCUGACUAUACAGUAUAAUCACAUACAUUAUGUUUGAACCUGUGGUUGGCAAAAAAAGAUCUUUUAUGUAUUUAAUACCCCUCGAAUUUAAGUACAGGGGGACGUCUCACACCCUUUACGGACACAAAUACUGGUCAACCACAGGUCCAAAAAAAAAAAAAAAGAAACACC